AGUUACAGGCGUAGGAAUGGCGAAAGGGCUGGCUUUGGCUCGGUCGUUCUACCUCUCGGGUCAUCGUGUUAUCGGUGCUGAUUUUGAAGACCGCGGUUCUCCAUGCCCCGGUCGAUACUCACGGAGUCUUUCAGUUUUCUACUCACUACCAAAGACCGAUAGCGAUGAGUCUACCGAGACUUAUGUCCACCGACUCAUUGAGAUAACUAAGACGGAAAACGCCGAUAUCUGGGUUUCCUGCUCUGGAGUGGCUAACGCUAUCCAAGAUGCCCGUGCGAAAGAGUCAAUAGAGCAACACACAUCGUGCAUGUGCAUACAGUUUGGGGUUGAAACCACGUCCGUACUACAUAAUAAGGGAUCUUUUAUGGAAGAAUGCAAAGACAGAGGGCUUCCAGUACCUGAAACGCAUGAAGUCAAGUCGAAACAUGACAUUCUUCGAGUUCUCUCGGUCUCCAAGAUAUCCACCCCAGAACGAAGAUUUAUCCUUAAACCGAUUGGACUAGAUGACAUCAAUCGCGGAAACAUGACACUUCUACCUCUUCCGUUGGAAGAGGACACUAAGCUAUACAUCUCUCGGUUACCAAUAUCAGCGUCUAAUCCCUGGAUUCUGCAACAAUUUAUCCCCGGCCGCGAAGAAUACUGCACACAUUCUCUAGUGGUACGCGGGGAAGUGAAAUGCUUCGUAGCUUGCCCCAGCGCCGAGUUACUGAUGCAUUACAAACCACUUCCAUCUAAUUCCCCUUUGUGGCAAGCGAUGUAUGCUUUCACCGUCGAAUUCGUGCAACGUUCUCCAAACCCCGAAGACAUGACAGGUCAUCUCAGUUUCGAUUUCAUGGCAAGCGAAGGAACUGCUAGUUAUUGCGGGACCGAGAAGAACAUUUAUGCUAUUGAGUGCAAUCCCCGUGCUCAUACUGCUGUGGUUCUGUUUGCGCAACGAGGCCCCGAGAUGGAAGCUAUGGUAGACGCCUACAUUACCACCGUUGAAAGGAGACAAGAGGGGCUGAAAAAAAGUUUUGCAGAGGGAAAAGGGUCCCAGACCGGCACUCAACGGCUGAUUGUUCCACCGGCCAAUACGAAACCGAGAUAUUGGAUAGGGCAUGAUCUAGUCUCCUUAUUCAUCCACCCUAUGAUGUUGUGGUGCUUUGGUCAUAUCAGCUUCAGUCGAGUCUUAUCAGAUACACUUGAGUUCUCGCACCAUCUACGUAUGUGGAAAGAAGGAACCUUCGAAGUGUGGGACCCUUUCCCAGCAUUAUUUCUCUACCAUGUCUAUUGGCCAAUUGUGAUCCUAUCUGCUUGGUGGAAUGAAAAACAUUGGAGUAGGGUUAAUGUAAGCACGACGAAGAUGUUCACAUGUUAACUAAUAUUCCCAUCAUGUAUGCCAAUUUAAACAAAUGAGCCUCAUUUAAUAUAAUAAGAC